AUGAGUGUCUUCCCAGCGAGCCCAAAUUCAGCCGAUACUGGAUUUUCCAGAUUCGCCGACCUGCCGCCUGAACUGCGCGACGAGAUCUGGCUCCAUUGUCUUCCGCAUCGCGUAGAAGAGUUCGAUGUCGCUCAAGGCAAGGCUUUCUACCAUAACCACAGGAAUCCCGAUCGUCUUCCGCUGUGUACUCUUAACGCUACGACAUAUCUGAAUUUCAGACCCCCGUUAAUUACCCAAGUAUGCCGCGAAGCUCGAGACAUCGCGUUCAAGACAGGCAGUUACGAGGAAUACAAGCCCGUUCGGGCUCCGAAGGCCUAUUGGGUAAAACCCAGAGACAUUUCUCUCAGCGGAAAGAUCUGGCGCUCGCGUUCGUCGCCAAAGCUGGUACAUCUAAACUGGGACCGAAGCUACUCACUGCACGGCUAUUACUCUGGCUACUCGGGGCAGACAGAUCCGUUACGAUGCCUGGAACGUACCGUAUUGAUGCGUAGCAGCCGUGGUUCGAUGAUGAAGAAUUACUUAUCAACAUCGAUCGGCCGGGAUCGCCUCGAGGUAUUCGAUCAGCAUCAACAAUGGCUGGUCGUUAUGCACCUCGUAGUGAUACACGCACCAAUCCGGAUCGUCGCAGAAUCGGGACUGUUCGGUCUACUUGGCGACGCCCCUAUCCAAAUAGUCGAAGUCGCUAACGUCGACGAAAUUGAGGCGAUGUACAAGUUCGCCGAGCAGUGCUAUGAGCGCACACGGGAGCCAUGCAAGAAGAGCGAGUUUCGGCGCUCAGGAGCUGCGCUUGAAAAAUACCUAAACCAUCUGCUGACCCCUGCUUACGGUCCUGAUCGUGUCCCGAGUUAUGCCACCAGCAUCCGCGCAGCCGUCAUGUUCCGCGUGUGUCGCCAGAAUUGUUCGCCUCCAGACCCACCGCCUAUGGAGUCGGGCCCUGUUGGAGAUCGUACCAGGGCGUAG